UGUUGCUGUUUACGAUCACCAUCAUUCGUUUCUUUUGUUUUGCAAAAGCACAAAACAUGGCUGAGAUUGCAGGCAUAUUUCUCUCUCCCUUCCUCCAAGUGUGUUUUGAAAGAAUGGCGUCUCGCAAGUUCGUUAACUUGUUUUGGGAACGAGAACUCAAUGAAGGACUCUUAAUGAGGUUGCAGAUGACAUUGCUGUCCGUGAAUUCAGUGGUUGCAGAUGCUGAGGACAAGCAAUUUACAAAUCCUGCUGUGAAAGUGUGGCUUGAUGAGCUGAAAGAAGCUGUCUAUGAUGCAGAGGACAUCUUGGACGAGAUUGCUACCGAAGAUUUGGUACGGAAGCAAGAUGCUGUCGAUGAUGCAGGUGACAUCUUGGAAGAGAAUGCUACUGAAGACUUGCUAAUGCUACGGAAGCUGGAGGCUGAACUUGGAGCCAUUGUAAGUAAGGUACGUAAUCCCAUCUCUACUAGUUUUGUCGACAAAGUAGAAGGAGAGAUAGAAAGGCUACUUGACAGAUUGAAUAUUUUGGUAAAAGUAAAGGAAAAUAUAGGUCUAAGAGAAGUUAAUGAAGGGAAUUCAUUAGAAAGAUUGCCCACAACUUCUGUCAUCGAUGAAUCUCGUACUUUUGGUAGGCAUGAUGAUAAGGAUGCAAUAAUUAACUUGUUGCUCUCAGAUGGUGCAAGUAGCGAUGAGAUGGGUGUGAUUGCCAUAGUCGGCAUGGGGGGGAUUGGCAAAACCACCCUUGCUCAGCUUGUUUUCAAUGAAGACCGUGUGAAAAAGCAUUUUGACCUUAAAGCAUGGGUUUGUGUUUCAGAUGAUUUUGAUGUCUUAAAGCUAACAAAAACAAUUCUAGAGGAAUUGGGUUCGUCUGCUAAUGAUGAUAGUAAGAAUUUAAAUCAGCUUCAAAAUAAACUUGAGGAGAAGAUGACAAGAAAGAAAUUCCUACUUGUUCUAGACGAUGUUUGGGAGAAGAAUUAUGCCAAAUGGGAGGUGGAUGCUAUCCCCAACACGUCAAAAGAGCAACUAGUUGAUGUUGUUCAGAGGCAUUUCAUGUCCCAGAAAAAGAAGCCAGGGCUGUGUUUUGAAAACUCUCAAACACAAGGUGUAGCAAUAAAUGGUGCUGAUCAAUCCAAUUUUGGCUUGGAUGAUGCCCCUUGA